CCAUCACCAACCACCAUCUUUUUGCCAACUCCGUCGAUUUCACCUCACCAGCACCAGUUCCUCGUUAAUUCAUCUCGCUAGCUCGCGGCCGAUCUCAUUCAUCUCCCCUUCUCGUUCUCUUCCUCUUUCCUCCCUUCUUCUCACAUAUCAUGUCACCUCUAUUUAACAUGCGACGUUUCUCCCGCAGCAACUCCAUCCAUAAUCGUGAAGCUCCCCAGUCACCGCCAACAUCAUUUACACCGCCACUCACUCACGCACCAAUGUUGCCAAACGGGACUGCCGGGUCUCAUCAGGAUUCUGGCCACUCCAGGCCUGUCUCUGUCAACACUGGGUCUAGCUUCGAUUUUGCAAAUCGCCCUCCAGCACAGUACCAGAUGACGUCUUUGCCAUCCAGUUCCAUCGGCAAUCUGUCACGCACAGAUCAGAUUGUCCUGCGACAUUUCUGGGAGGUCAAGGACGAAGAGAACAAAGCUAGAGACUUGCACUUUCUCAAAUUCCCUUUCUUCUCCCAAUAUCCCAACCACCAGGAUCUCAUCCCAUAUUGCGAGAUCUACCACCUGGUCAAGACAUCGCCUGGUGCCAAAAUCAUCAGCUUGGGCAGCGCCAACAACGGCGUCUACAUUGGAUUCGAACUCUUCUCCGGAUCUCAACUGCACAUUGACAUGGACGAUUCCUGGCAGAACAUCUCCCACCACCGAGUCUCUUUCAAAUCAUACGAGAAGAUGCUCAAGGAUCCCGUGUCCGAUUCCACUUUCAAGUCCUGGCCCAAACCACUUACCAUCGAAUUUCUCGAAGAGCAGUAUCAGCGCUGGAUGCUCGAUCUGACCAGUUUCUGCUGGGACACCGCCGAAGUCAGGGAGUUGGGCGGUAUCGGAAGCGGCGAAGGCAGCGUCCAGGGAGAUCUCAAAGACGAAAUGAUGUAAAAUUGUCACUCCCCUGCCCUUGCAUGCAUGUUGGAAGCAGCUCUGCCGAUAACGUCUGGCCUUAUCGGCUUCCGACUUUCGAAUCGGACUGUUUUCAGCAGAACCGGCACGGACAUUGCCCCGGCCAACGACGGAAACGGAAAGCCGCAUAGCCAAAAAGGCAUCCGCAAAAGGCGACAAAGUUUUGUGGCGCUCACUGUUUGCCAAAUCUUCAGCCUGAUGCAGUCUCAGAGCAUGCCAGACAAUGCGGCGAUCGAAAUGCGGUUUUAACUUCUUCAUUUCUGCUCUCACGAUGACGACUCACGACACACGAAAAGCGAACACGCCUUGCUUUUAGCAAAGAACUUGAGAACGUAGAUAAUUCAUAAUUUUGCCUGGAUACCCUGGAAAAACGAAGGCGUGCAAAGUUGGACAUUGGAAACUGCGUGGGGAAUGAAAUGGCUUUCGCAAAAAGAUUGUACGCCCGGGGUCGGUGUUGCUUUUGGAGUACGAGAUGGUGGCGUUGGACAGGUUCGCUCUCGUCUUGAAAAACAGAUAGUGAUAGGAUUGUGAAUGAAAG